AUGCGCAAUGCCACUUACGGGAGCGUGCUCGCCGACGUCAGCGUGCUGUGCGUCGUCCCGACGCGCUGGCCUUUGCUCGGCCCCAUCUCAGUGGCUCUCCACACGUGGCUCAUUGGAUGCGACCGCAUCGUCCUCGGGGUGAGCUGGGUGCAGCUUGGCGCUUCUUGGCGGCCAGUGCACCGCCUCAACAGCUCUUGUGCUGGCGCCUCCGCCACGCACGAGAGCCACACCAGCCGGAUCGACGUCUGGCUACCCGUGCGCGCCUCAAUACAGUUCGCAGCCAGGCACAACAUGACAGGCAUGGACUGGCUAAUGCUGGCCGAGGACGACUCCUACAUCGUGAUGCCCAAGCUGCGGGCAUUCCUUCGGCCGCACGCUGCCUCCGCGCCCCACUUCUUUGGCGCGUGCGCGUGCUUGCGUAGUCCGGGCGUCAAUCUCUUCUCGUCCGCCGGGUUGCAGCGGCUCGAGCCACGUAUGCCGGCAUGCGAGCCCAUCCACCAGUGGCGUGAUGCACCCAACCACACAGGUAAUGGCAAAGGCGCGAGCGACAUAGCGAUUCACUUUUGCCUGGCGAAGGCGGGGCUAACGUGCAGCCAGCCGCUCGACGAGCAUGGUCAUAUGCUUAUGUCCGUGAUGGCGAGCACACCGCAGAAGACACUGCGUCGCCACGUGGGCGCGAGCCGUGGGAACCGCCAAUUCUGUGCACGUUGGCCCUGCUCGGAGCGGCCUGGGUGUUGGGGUGCGGGGACCUUCGCCUUCCACGCGCGACCGCUCAAGGACCCUUCAAUGCAGUGGUCGCUGCACUCGCAGCUCCACCAGCCGACGACGAAGGGCUUCUGCAGUCCCAUUUAG